UCGGGAUUACAAAUAAUGUUUGCCAGGGCAUUGUAAGGGAAAAAAAAUGGCAAGUAAGGGAAUGGUGGAACUUCCUUUUUCUUUUUUCCUCUUUUCUGCGUUCCAUUGGGCUUGUUCUCUUUCCUUUUUGGUUUUAUGACCUUGUCAGUUGGUUCUCCAUUGCAUCCGCCAUGGCUUUGACAACCGAUGCCGACUUUCUUAUUCAUAUGAUGCGUAUUAAAUUUCUCCGGAUGGAUGAACGAGGGGAACGCAUCAUCUCGUUUCAUCCCACCGUCAUGUCAGACGACUACAUUCGCCUUGCUGCACCCACCUACCCUGAAAUGCAGUACUGUUACUCGCCUGUCUAUGAGAGUUUAGCCACCAAAGACGUGUCGACCGCACCGUUUGGUACCGGUCUCGUCAGCAGUCCACGCACCAAACGAAGUCAUUACCGUUUACGAAGGAAAGACACCGAUACAAGCAUACCGCCACUCACCACCACUCAACCUACGCCUUCCAGUGAACAACCGAAAUCAUUGGCCGACCGUCCUUCCAUCAGUGACGAUGACUACGUCGAAACCGACGAAAGCAAUAUGGCACAAGGAGGAGGAAUAGGAAACGACCAGACGGCUUUCCGAAAAUCGCGAUUAUCCGACGCCGAUUUGCAACCACGGCUGGACAGUGCCCUGACGUCCAUCAGCCAUGCCACCAGUCGUGGCGCGCUGGAUUCUCAAACGGACUCGUUUCACGGCAACGGAAGCGAUCAUGCUGCUAUGCAUACCUCACUUCAUCCUUCGGUGGAUUCCGCCAUUGACCCUUCGCCACGAUCGUCACUUGAUAUUAUUGAUCCCAAACAAGGAUCGUAUCCCUUUCCUCACGCCGCUUCGGCCACUACUAGACUUUCCGUAGAUGAUAUCAGAAAAAUACCCACCCUGCCUGCUCCCGUCGAAACCGUCCAUCCUACCGUCCCGAGCCAGUCUCGUCCUCCACCUGCGUCGGUCUUUUCCCCUCUGCGAAUCACCAAAAUCGAUCUUUCUCAGCCCGCCACCGUUCCUUCCACCUCUUCUUCUUCGUCGUCGUCGUCUUCUCCCCCUUCCGCACUAUCUCCUCGUCAAUUAAAAAAACCGGCCUUUGGCAAAUCCGUCUUGUCGGCGCUCAUUGCCGAAAAGGCAUCCGUGGCCGAAAAUCCAUUUGCAGAGUUCAGUUUUGUGUCGGGCAAAGGCGAACCCAAUUCCAUUACUCUGUGUGUAUAUUUGCCGCAUUCAGAUCGUCCUUAUGAGCCUGUAUCGCUGGUCGUCAGGCCGGACGCUAUUAUAUAUGAUGUCAUUGGUUACAUUCUCUACGAUUAUGUCGAACAAAAACGCAAACCCGAAUUGGAUCCUGAGCUCUACGAUUUGUCCCAUUGGGUGCUUCUCAUUGCAGAAGACGAUGGUGAAAUCGAAGACGAUUUACCAGCGUUGGAUCGAACACGAAAGAUUGAUCGCGUCUCGUUUGAUCAAUUUGCUCUGUGUCGGGCGAAUGCGUCCCAAGUGAAACAAAACGAACAAAUUCGAGCCAAACUGGGACGUAGUAAACCGUCGACCGAUACCAUUCAAAAGGACAAAUCCGCCGCGACGUUGCAACCAACAAGUAGCAUGAACUUGGCGGUUCCUUCCAAUGCGCCUUCCACCUCCAUUAGCCCCACUACUUCGCACGCCGACAAUACCAGCAUGGAUUUCCUGGAUCCACUCGAAACUUCACCAUAUGCGCAACCCAAUCAGGAAGCCGAUUCGUCGGCAGUGGCGGUCCCUGUUCCUUCAUCCAAAGCCAUGUUAACCAAAGCUACCAUGCCAAUGACCCCAUUAAAGUAUUUCCGCAUUCGUUUAAUGACGAACGAAGAAGUGUCGGCGACCACGACCAUCCCGGUCUACGCUGAAAUGUUUAUCGGCGAUGUGUUGGAUAUGGUGUCCAGGAAACGGAAACUGGAUCCCGACGAGUACAUGCUCAUGAUUGCCGACAGUAACGUGAUUAUUCCCAACGAUACGACGGUCGAAAGCUUACGUGGGAUUACCGAACUCACGUUUACAAAGAAAAAUACCGCUCUCACCAUUCCCAGCUCAUCCCAUAUCUGGCGCUCCCCCAUCAAGAAAAAGAAGGACGAUCUGAGCCAUCCUAUGUAUUUUGCUAGCGAUGGGGUAAAUGCGUCUUCAGGACCGAAUGCAAAUGAUGGCAUUUUCUCGCAAUAUAAGAAAUAUACCGUCAACCGGAAAAUGCCCAUGUUUGUGGGUCGUCGCGUGAGUGUACUGGCGAUUGACGGCGAUUACAUUCAUUUGAUGCCGCCGGAACACAAAGGCAUGUUUGAUUCCGUAAAGACAACUUCUUUUCACGUAAGCGCAGUUCGCACAUGCAAACAGAGUAAAAAGGUGCCAAGCAACUUCAAGAUUGUGAUCAUGAAAGAAAGGGAUUAUAAAACAUAUGAUUUGGAAGCGGAGAAUGCAAAAGAAGCGUACGAAAUAUGCGCGAGAAUCCGGUUUUUGAUGCAAGUGAGCAAAGGUGCAUAACUAUCAUUGCCAUUUGCCAUUACCAUUCUCUCUUCACUCUCUCUUUUUUCCCCAUGAUAAACUUCAUUGUAACAUAUUUUGAAAAAAAUACACGUCUUUCCCCUUGUCAUUCAAACAGUUGAGUGAUCGCUUCACGAUAAUUAAGUUGCAGGCUCACUUUUUUUUUUCCCUGUCGCACAAUGAUCUCGAACUAGACGUUUUGUAUUGGGUCUUGUUUAUUUUCCAUGAAGCGGUUCUCCAAUCUAUUUACGACUGCGAUACCAAACAAACCGCCGGAAGUU